AUGACCUCGCUGAGCUUAUCACAACCAGCAUCGGCUCUCGAUGAGCAGUUCAACGCAUCCGAUGCUGAACUGAUCUUGCGCUCUUCAGACGGCGUCGACUUCGCUGUUUACAGAGCGAUCCUUCAACUGGCUUCGCACGUCUUCCGUGACAUGCUCUCUCUUCCUCCCCCAGUUGAAGAUCAUGACUCCCCAACUCGCACCACCAUCGGUAUGAGCGAGGACGCCCAGUCCCUCCGGCUCCUGUUGCACUUCACGUACCCUCGCUCUUUCUGCCCCGAGCCCGAUCUAUCAGAGAUCGCGGAUAUCAAGCGAGUCGCAGCUCUUGCGCUCAAAUACGAUAUCACUUUCAUGCGCGAAGCAGCGGAGACGGCGCUGAUCCGCUUCGCGCAGAGCAAGCCCGACGUUGCAUACGUCGUGGCGUGGAGGUUUGAGUACCCACAGGCUCUGCGCGCGGCCGCGCGGCGCUCACUGGAGCCAUUUACCGAAUCCCUCGAUGCCCUCGAAUUCAGCGAGGUCCCGGCGUCUGCCCUGCAGACGCUUCGCAAAUACGGAAAGCGUAUAUCCGUUCAGAUAACUCUCAUAUCGAUGCAGCUCCGCUACGGCAACUUCCGUCGCCUUCAUUGCCACGGCAUGAGCGGGGUGCUUCACGCUGCGUUUUCAGACGAUGAUCCUUCAGGCCUAAGGGAACCUUGCCGCUGUAGGAGCAGUACUGUAGCCUUGGUUGAUGAAACUCUCAGUACAGAAGACGAUAUAUCAGUCCGCGCUCCUGCGUGGUGGGCCAAUUACGUGCGUGUUGUCGCGAAAUCGGCUUCCAAUUCGUUGCGUGAGAGACAUAAGUUAUUGCUCUCUGAAUCUCUUUCUGAACCACUGGCGAGCGUUCUGCGUGAGGCAGCGAAGUGCGCUGGAUGUAUGCAGCGCGACGUACGGCAUAAACUGGAGGUUACCAAAACCAUCCUGAGCAAAGAGAUUGAGCGAAGGGUAAGCCAGGUCCCUAUCGAAGCGCCGUUCAUGCGCGAAGACGAAUGA